AUGGCACCGAAGGACUUUCCUGCCAUGAUCCAGAUGGACAUCCCGUCGAUUUAUUUUCCACUGCUGGCGGUGGUCUUAAUCCCCUGCGUGGCCAUCAUCCUGAUCCAACUACAGCGCAAAAGUCCUACUAUUCCGGGGGUUCCUGGAUCCAGCCUCGACCUCCUCUUCUACGGUAUUGGAACAAAAUGGGCCUUCCUGACCGGCCGAAGCGCCUACAAGUUCCAAUCCCUGCACGAAUCCUACGGAAAAACUGUCCGCUUCGCCCCCGGCCAAGCAACGACCAACACGAUCAAAGCGCUACGGAACAUCUACGGCAGCGGAUCUAGCAAAGGUCCCAGUUUCCUGAAAACCGGAUUCUACCGGAGCAUAUCGCGUCGGAAUCUCUUCACAGCGACGGAUCCGCACUACCACGCGCGAGUCCGGAAACUGUUCGGUCCCUCGCUGAGUCCCGGAUGUAUGAGCGCACACGCUGGCGUCGUGCGUGACUGCGUCCUGAGACUACAUGGCGUGAUUGUCGAGAAGCUGCAGUCAGAGACGGAGACAGGUACUCUGACAUUGAAUCGACUGCUGUAUUGCCAUUCGGUGGAUACCGUUUCGGAGGUUCUUCUGGGGAAACCGUUGGGCUGUUUGCAGCGGGGGAAGCCGUAUUUCUGGACGGAGCAGCUGCCGCGGAUUUUCUUCUGGGCGAUGGUGAGAGAUCAGUUUCAGGGGUCAGGAGUGCCGACGGUGAUGAAGUGGUUGUUGAGACGGAUUCUACGGAAGGGAAUUCGAUUGAGGAGUGAGGAGGCGAGAAUGAGACAACUUCGCGCCUCCCAUAGCCGUCGCGACGUGAUGGUCGAAGUGAUGGAACGCGCCGGCGACAGCGACUUACCGGAAGAAGAAAUCGCGGAGAAUUUCUCAGCCAUAAUGCUGGCAGGAUUCCACACGACGCAGAACGCCUUGUGCGCGGCAAUCUACUUCGUAUUGACACACGAAGAGGCACAUGUGAAACUGGUACAGGAGCUACGGUCGCAGUUUACCAGUGCCGAGGACCUCUCAGGGGAACGCGUGCAGCAGCUGCCGUAUCUCAACGCUGUGAUCGUCGAAGCUCUCCGAUUGUAUCCGCCUGUACCACUAGGAGGACCACGUGUUUCUCAGGGUGGUUAUGUGGAGGGGACGUAUAUUCCGGAGGGGACGGAAAUCUGCACCUCGUUAUUCGCCCUCCACCGCAAUCCCGAAUAUUUCCAAUGCCCGGACGAAUUCAUCCCGGAACGAUGGACGGAAGACAAUGGUAGAGACAGAAAAGAAGCGGUCCAGCCGUUCCUGGUGGGCAGUCGAUCCUGCAUUGCCAAGUACUUUGCCAAACAGAUGAUGCAGAUGACGCUUGCGGGGUUUUUCCUGGACUUUGAUGCGCAGUACGUGGGAGGAGUGAAGGACUGGCAGCGUCAGAGCCGGUGUUAUGCGUUUUGGGAGGUCCCUGAUCUGACGGUGAAACUUCAGAGGGUUCCUAGUAGUUAA